AUGGACUUGUUUGGUCAGGAAGUCAUCUUCAAACCAGACAUUGUUCCUCCUCCUGUAAUCCUCGAUCAAGUCAAAAUUCAUAAUGACGACUCUUCACUGAAUUCUGCUGAUAUUGAUCCUUCUCCUCCAAGACGCAUCAUUGCUGUUGGCGAUCUCCACUCAGACCUGCCUAAUACCCUCAAAGUUCUCAAAUUUGCUGGCAUCAUUGAUGACAACAGAGAAUGGAUUGCUCAAAGUGAGGACGAAUGCUCUCAACAAACACGUAGUAAUCUCUUUCUUAUUUCGAUACAUCUUGAACUAGAUACUACCCUUGUACAGACUGGUGAUGUCGUAGACCGAGGACCUGACACCAAGGAACUCUUUGCUUUAAUGAGGAGGCUAACAUAUGAAGCACCUAAAUUUGGCUCUGAUGUUGUAGCUCUACUGGGGAAUCACGAAGUUAUGAACAUGCAAAACGACCUUCGAUACGUCACAGAAGAAGACUUUGCGUCUUUCGGUGGCCGUGAACCCCGAGCAAAAGACUUUAGCACGUCUGGUGAUCUCGGCCAAUAUUUACGAUCGCUAGAUCUAGUGGCAAAGGUCAACGGCACCGUCUUUUGCCAUGGCGGUAUCACCCCUCAUUGGGCCAAAGUUGGGAUAAGCACGAUCAAUCAAAGCGCCAGGAGGAGUCUUUUCUCUCGUACUCCAGAAGAAGGCAGUCUCAACCCUGUAUUCGGUGCUGAUGGCCCUUUGUGGGACAGAUCAUAUGCCCAAGAAGAUGAAAAGACCAUCUGCUCCAAGUUGACUGAGGCCUUGAGAGAAAUGAAUGCCAGGCGGAUGGUCGUUGGGCAUACACCACAACUAGCUGGCAUAAAAUCGAGAUGUAGAGGUCGCGUCGUUCUGAUCGAUGUUGGAAUCUCCAAAGCUUAUGGAGGAAGACUCUCAGCUCUCGAACUGUUUGCUGACUCGGCUCAUGCCAUUUACGAAGGGCCAAUCCGUGUCAAACUGCCAAGGGCCAAGGCAGAACUAUGA